AUGUCCUGCACCACCGCGUCCCGCACCUUACGGCCACUGGUCUCGCGGCCAAUACAACUGCAAUGCGUUUCUGGUGGUAGAGGUCCUGUGCGGUCCAAAGUCCAGCUCCUGCGGUCUCCUGCUCGUGGCAAGUCGACAAGGGCGGGGAGGUCCUCGAAGGAUGCAGCUGCGCAGGCACCGACGCCUAGUGGACAGGCAGCUCAUGGACCGCGCACCGUGAGCUCGCUCGAGCAGGAGACCCUGCCCUGGGCGGACUAUCUCGCUAUUCGAAAGCAGAAGCGGAGAUGGGAGACGGCCAUGACAAUCCCGCUCACCAUCGCUGGGUUCGCGGGAGGCGUUGCAUACUUUGGGAAUCAGGAGGUGGAUCCGAACAAGCCCAUAUUCAAUCUUGACCCCAUGGUUGUCUAUGGCUUCGGUACUCUGGGUUGUGCUGGUACGCCUAUCUCUUACACGACUCAGACCGCAUUUUCACCAUCUGCAGCAUUGGGAUACCUCUUUGGGCCAAUUGCCGGCUCUUCAAUAUGGCGCAUGACGCAUAGGCGAUCGAUGAAGCUCAUUGAAGCGCGCGACCGUGAAUUCCACAAGCACAUUGUCAAGAACCGUGUCGACCCCACUGCGCAAAGCGCGACGAAUCCCGUCCCUGAUUUUUAUGGCGAGAAAAUUGGCUCGUUGCAUGGCUAUCGCCAGUGGCUAAGAGACCAGGCAAAGUAUAAGCGAAAAGCGUAUCUGCCAGAGGACGGGGACGCAAGAUAG